AUGUCCUAUUACGACGACGACCGGUCCCGCCGUAGGGGCACUCGAGAGCGACGGCGAGACGAUUAUCACGAUGGUACUGUUUAUGACCAAGAUGUCAGAGAUACACGUCUAGUCAAGCGUCGUGAUGAUAGCACUUCUUCCGUCGAGGAGGUCAGCCGAGACUUCGCGCCGGGAGAUCGCGGCGCCGCUGUCUAUCGGGAAACAACCGUGCGCCGCAGUGGCCAUCGCCCCAUCCGUGCACGAUCAACCGAUGAUGCUUGGUACGAUGAUCGCUACGACGACCGCUCCUAUGCUUCUCGAAGACGACGCGACGACGCCGACACUUAUGUGAGCAAACGCAGAAGCCACAAGUAUGAUGACAGACACCGCUCCAAACGCCGCGACUCGGAUUCGGAUUAUUCCUCACGCAGCCGUACUCCUCCGAAAAGAGAACGGAGAAAGUCCACAACCGAAGAAGUCUUGGGCUCGCUCGGCUUAGGAGGUGUCGCCGCAGCCGUGCUGGGCAAGAACCGCGAUAGAUCCCGAUCCGUGUCCAGCGACCGUAUCUCUCGUCGCAGAAGCCGCAGCCGAGCCGGUGGUCGACGGUCAUCCUCUGAUCGGUCUCGCCGCCCCAAGAGCAAGGUCAGGAAUGAACAAGUCUCGCAGGUCAUCAAGGCCGCCGUCCUCGCCGGUGCCAGCGAAGCCUUUCGCGCCCGGAAAGAACCCGGUGGCUGGGGUGGUGAAAAGGGCAAACGAGUCUUGACUGCUGCCCUGGCUGCGGGAGGUGUCGACGGUUUGAUCUCUGACAAGAAAGACCCUCACCACCACGCGAAACGUGACAUUGUCGGGUCUGCCUUGGCCGGGUUGGCUGCCAAUCGUGUUAUCAACGGCCCUCGGUCCAAGUCUCGUGGUCGGACUGGCAGCCCCGAUAGUCGCCGCGGUCGAAGUCAAUCCCGCGGAGGCUUUGGAGAUCUGGCUGCCGGGGGUGUCGUUGCCGCUACCGCAAAGAAGGUCUAUGAUCAUGUCCGCUCUCGUUCUCGCGGUCGUGCGCGCUCCCGAAGCUCUUCAUACGAUAGUCUAGACAGUCGAAGCCCCCCACGUCGCGCCCGAAGUCAGAGCGUGUCAGGUAUGGCAGCCAAGGGACUAGCAGCGUUGGGCUUCAAAGAUGCGGCGGACAAGGUGGACCCAGAACGUCGGCGAUCAAGACACUAUGAUGAUUACGACGAUGGCCGGCAUGGAGGAUAUGGAUACAGUGAUUCCAGAGAUGUAAGCACCUUUCAACCCCAGCAUGGUCAAUUGACUCGCGGUUCCCGUGCUAUGAGCGUUCCCCGAGGGUCGGUUCCAGGCUACGAACUUGACUACGGACCGCGUCAUACCGGUGACCCAGAGACAGACUCGGAUUCUGACCUCGGCUCCAGUUCCGAAGAUGAGAAAUUGAAGAAAAAAGGUCGCAAGAAAGCUUUGCUGGCCGGGGGUCUUGCGACCGUGGCGACCAUCCACGCAGCGCAUAACGUCUACGAGAGCAUGGAGAAGAGAGAGGCUCGAAGAAAACUGCUGCGCGAAGGUGAAAUCAGUCCGGAAAAGGCGCGGAACGAGAAGAACAAGGCGAGACUGCAGGAUGCCGCUAGUAUCGGCAUCGCCGCGCUGGGUCUCAAGGGCGCCUACAGCGAAUGGAAGGAGUUCCAGGAACAUCGCGAGAAACUGAAGGAGCAGGAAGAGAAAGUCGCCCGGCACAGAGCCAAGCGAGAAGCCAGGAGAAGGAAGAUGAGCAUGCUAGCCGCCCAGAACUAUACGAACUCCGGCUUCUACGGAAGCAUGCCCAACCUGUCGUCGACGACAUAUUCUCCCCAUGACCCGUAUCAUCAUCAACCCUCCUACCCUUACGACCCUUAUCAUUCGACCGGCCCUCCCUACAGUGGUGGCCCAUACAGUUCCGAUUCGCCCGUUCACUAUACCGACGACAACCCCUACGGCGCCGUCUCGCAUCAACCACAAUAUGUCCCGGCGCCUCCCAUGCCACCCCCGCCCAUGGGCGGCCCAUCACCAUCUCCUCAACCGGGCGUCCAAAGAUCAGAGACACGAUAA